CCAGUACAGUUCACGCAGCAUGGGCCGGCUUUCAGUGUAAACCUGCUUUCAGUGAGUUGAAGUGUUUGUUCAGUUAUUGCUCCGUGUAGUCGCAUAACCGAGAAAACUGAUCCAUCCCACACUACAAUGGACAUUGUGCUGAGAGCAACUGAUGACUAUUUCUUCACACCUUACGUGUACCCGCAGUCAUGGCAGAGAGACGACAUCUGGAGGCAGAUCAUAAGCCUGUCUUUGAUUGUGAACAUUGGCGGAUAUCUGUUAUACAUCAUUCCCACCACGCUCGACUACCUCUUCAUCUUUGACAAGUCUUUAAUGAAGCAUCCUCAGUUCAUGAAGGACCAGGUGAAAUUGGAGAUUUUCUACGCGUCAAAAUCGAUUCCACUGAUGGGAGCAUUAACGACGAUCGUGUUUUUGUUUGAAGUUCGAGGAUACAGCAAACUGUACGAUAACUGGAACGACACUCCUUACGGGGUGUUCGGAAUGGGAUUGAGCAUUUUAUCAUUCAUGUUCUUCAAUGAUAUGAUGAUCUACUGGAUACACAGAUUCUUACAUUAUAGGUGGUUCUAUAAGUACAUCCAUAAGGACCACCACAAGUGGAAGAUUCCAUCACCAUUUGCGAGCCACGCGUUCCAUCCCAUUGAUGGGUUCCUGCAGAGCACACCAUACCACAUCUACCCGUUCCUCUUUCCACUGCAUAAGGCAACCUACCUUGUGCUCUUCAUCUGUGUCAACCUGUGGACCGUCUCGAUACACGACGGCGACUUCCGCGUGCCGAAGGUGCUGCAGUCGGUCGUCAACGGCUCCGCGCAUCACCUCGACCACCACGUCUAUUACAACUACAACUACGGUCAGUACCUGACGCUGUGGGACCGCAUCGGCGGAUCGUUUCGCAACCCGUCGUCGUACGAAGGAAAAGGUCCCAAGGAGGACGUUCAUAGACUUCUCGUCGGCAAGGCAGCGAAGGCGGAAUAGUUCGGCGAGGGAGUGUAUGCCGUGCAGCAUAUUUUUAAGCAUUUCAAAUGUAUUGCGGGAAAAGCUGGGCUUUCUAUAGGGUGAGAUUGAUUGUCGCUGUUGCCAAAUGCUUUGGUUGUUUGUGUUUUAAUAAUGCUGAAGAGAAAUCGACGUUGGUAGCAUAGCAUGAACAAAGUGGUGGCAUAUUUCUCUCCAUAGCAAUGCGUAUAGUUUGUUCAGAUAAUAAAUGGUGAAAUUCUGGUCAGUGUCCAUUUGAGGUAACCUAGAAGUGUGUUACGGAAGAGAUUAGUAAACACCUGUAAUUAUGGGUGUGUCGUGUAAUUAUAGAUGCCCAAUGCCUUUAAUCAGUAUUACUUCCAAUUAAGACACGUUAAGAUUGUUUUAUACAGCAUUGGUUUAUGAAAACUUGGAAGAUUUUAUACCAUGGAAAUGAAAAGCCUCUUAAUAUAAGCAUAAUACGCAGAAUGUUAAGG